AUGACCAAUAACAACGGAACCACUAUCGUUAAUGUUUUUGGAAGAGAAGAACCACUUGUUAACGAUGAUGACGUUCUUGAAGAAGAACCACGUAUUGGUGGAAGCUUUGCAACUCACGUUCGGCAUUUUCUCCGUCGUAACGAACGAAAUGUUAGAAGACGAGAAAUAUACUGGACCAAACGAAUUAUGGUUGAUGAGCUCCAUCAAAAGUUCAAAAUAAAGGGACUCUGUCGAAAU